CGGAUCUGACCCCCGGCUUGAGAUGAGCCCUACCGCUAUCUGAAGCUGAAGGCAUAAUAAUCAUCUCUGGUCUAAUUUCUGAAACGUAGGUUUCUGCGUUUUUUUUCAUAGUUUGUCUAUUUGUAUUCUUGCUUCCACCUUAUCUUCUGCACUUUUUCUGUGAGUGUGUCUUGUCAAUAAGGCUGGCUAAAGGAGCCAGGGUGUCCCCCCUCUCCAUGUGUAGUCCCUAAUGGGUGGCUGGUCUCGCAGUGCCGUGCUGGAGCUGUACCGGGCGCUGCUCCAAGCAGGGCGUCACCUUCAGUACACUGACCGCAAUUACUACCGGCGCGCUGUGGCUCGCGAGUUUCGCCGCUGCCAAGCCCUGACGAUACCCGAAGAUAAGGAGGACGCGCUGACGAGGGGCCAGUUCUUCCUCAACAGCCGGUUGGGUGGGCUUAUGUAGGGGGUGAAGGUGUCCCGGGUCAUCUGCAGGUGGUUCAAAGAUCAUCUGGAGGUGUAUCACGUAGUGGUAGGAUGGCGGGGGUGAACGGAGACCGCAAAGGGAAGAAAGAUGACAAUGGGAUUGGCACAGCCAUUGACUUCGUGCUUUCCAAUGCCAAGCUUGUGCUGGGAGUGGGAGGAGCGGCCAUGCUCGGCAUUGCGACGCUUGCUGUCAAAAGAAUGUAUGACCGGGCCAUAAGCGCGCCCACCAGCCCCACCAAUAUCGAGCCGACGGGAAAGAGAAGCUGGGAGGAGCCUGCCUGGAUGGGUUCGUCGCCACGGGUACUCAACCAUGACAUGAAGUCCACAGUUAGCCGGUCGCUACAGUCUCUGCCCACUUCCUCACAUGCUUUUGAACCAGACUGUCUGCGGAGGGCUGUGGGUCGAGCUGCCGUGGGAGGCAGCGGCGCCACUCAGUCAGACCUGCAGCGGGCCCGAAUGCGUCUGUCGCUGCAGGAACAUCUGUGGGAGUUCUACCAAAAUAACGUAAACAUCCCGACCGAGGAGCAAGCCGUGGCACGGAGGGCUGCGUUGGACAUCUGUGCCGAACUCCGAGUGUUCCUCCACGCCAAACUGCCCGACAUGCCUCUCAGAGAGAUGUACCUGAGUGGCAGUCUGUAUGAUGACCUGCAGGUGGUGACAGCGGACCACGCCCAGCUCAUGGUGCCUCUUAUCUUGGAGAAGAACCUGUGGUCGUCCAUCCCCGGGGAGGACACCAUCAUGAAUGUUCCGGGUUUCUGGCUCGUCCGCAGGGAGAAUCUGGAGUAUUUCCCGCGGAGCAGCAGCUACUGGGACCGCUGCAUGGUCGGAGGCUACCUCUCCCCUAAAUCGGUCCUCGAGGUCUUUGACAAGCUUGUGGCCGGCUCCAUCAACUGGCCAGCUAUAGGGAGCGUCCUCGACUACAUCAUUCGUCCCGUGGUUCCCUCGGAAACACUGACCCUGGAGGUGCAGUACGAAACGGACCGGAAACUAAACGUGGACUUCCUACCGUUACUCGUGAUGGAGGACGGAACCUCGCUGAUCGCUAAACCGCACCGACUUGCCGCAGAGCGGCACGGAAACCUGUGGCGGCAGAGCUUCCGCGUGGCUGAGACGGCACGACUCAGGGCCCUGGACCAGGAGGACGGAGGCUGCCGAUGCGCCUGCCUGAAGCUGGCCAAGACCGUGUGCAAGCUCAACCCCGCCCUGAACCGUCUCAAUGCCAGCCAGCUCACCAACGCCAUCUUGUUGCUCUGCGCAAAAGAAGGCGACUGGACCCAGGAGGCGCUGGUCGACCGCUUCCUGCAGCUGCUCCGAGCACUAGUGGGCCAUCUAGAGUCGGGGAGGCUGCUGUGCGCCCUCAGCCCUAAAGUUAACUUAUUCUGUGAGCUGACUGAACAGGAAGUGGACGAGCUGGGGUACACGCUCUACUGCGCCCUCUCGGAUCCAGAGGAGCUGCUGAGGACUGCUGUGGCCCAGCCGCCCCAUCCCUGACAACCUCGUGCAACAACGUCACUAUACAGCAACGCGGCAAUGAAACGUCAACCACUGUUUAGUGGGCAAUGGUGACCUCAAGCCAUAAUGAGGUUCCUGGGGAGAAAAAAACAGCAGCAUGGAAUCAUCCUCGUUCUCUUCAGUCUUAAAUGCCGUCAGUGAGAAAGUAGUAGCAGUUACUUAGUCUCGAGAUCCGCGUGAGCCUUGACUUAAAAGCUGCAUGUGGUGUCAUCAUGCAAAUACUAUUUUAAUCUUUGAAAGUGGAGGCCCAUGGGACAGCAUGGCUCUCACUAAAGCCAUUGUAUUAAUGAAGUUAAGGUUAGACGUGCCGCCGGGUUCUAAUGAGCUGCAUUGGUUGGUCCGUGUCAAAAUGUACGCCUGCAUCCUCUCUGAGCUCUUUUUAACCUGCUGGAGAGGGUUCAAUGUCUAUUCCUCUGUUUUGAGAUGUGUCCAAGCCACUGUGUCGAGGGAUAGGGUGCGACGUUGAUUGUGUGUAUGCCAACCUAGAAGCUAAUAAAUUGUUGAUCAGCCCAAAGAGACAAGUUAACCGUCUGUCCAUGCUCCUUUUUUGUUACCGCACAUAAUAUGAAAUACUGCUAGAGUUCAGUUUGAAUAACUUCAUUAAUACAGUGGCUGCGUGCAGAAUGUACGCUGUCCAUGUUUCCAGGGAUCUUUGAAAACAGACGGGCUGUGAUGGGAAUGUGUGUGGCUUGCAUGUGUUGUCCACCUAAAUCUAGAACCGGAAUAUACAAUGAGUUAUAUGUUGUCUAUUUGUAAUAUUUCCCACCGUUCAACUAUGAAUCGGAUGUAGAGUUCGGAACGUGUUACUAUUUAUGGAAACGUUUAAUUUGUCCGUGAUCAUGACAUUUGAACAAUACAGCGCCACCAUUUUCUCGCACACUUAUUUUGGUGAGAAAGGAAAAGAUCUUCAUGUGACUGUCUGUCCGUCUAAUACAGAGCUGCACUUCCUGGCCUGAUUGCAGUGAGAGCACGGAGCUCGUUACCUCUGUAGUUUAUCUGUCUCUGUGUGCACACUUGUUCCCGUCCACAUUAAACCUGAUCCAUGUAUAGGUGCGCGGUCUGUCUGGAGCAGGUAGCCAGACACGUAAGCGAGGCCUCGACACACAGGACGGGCUGCUGCUACAUGAAGUGUUUGGCACCAACAACAUGAGCUGUGGUGGUGCAGGCUUGUCCGGUCUACGUGUAUUGUUAGAUUACAGGUGCUAACCUCUCUGAGAUCAUGAUCUGAUUGAGAGAGAUCAACUCACAGAUCCUCAGUUAUAUAAAAGCAGCUUCGGUGCAGGAGACAGUAGGCGGAGUCACUACAACAAUAGCUGCCAGACUGAAUAACCCGAAACAUGCCCAAAAUAACCACGCGGUUGCUCUUACAUUUAGCCUUAGAAUGAAAAUGAAACUCUGAUGUGGAGCAAGUGUCCCCUCAGUUUGUAGUGUUAAUACGGAGGGAUUUGUUUAGUCCUGUUGAGCAUUCAGUUAAAUAAUCAUCCAGAUAAUAACUGAGAAACGGGUGACUAUUUUUGUAUUUAUUGUACAUUUGUAACCAAAAUAAGAGCAGACUAUUUGCAUCCAUUCAACAUGUAAAGCGUCACUUAUUGUGCUUUAAGUGCUUUGUUGUGGAUGUGCUGAUCUAAAGUGAAUCCACAGUAACUUUGUUUGCAUAUUAAGAGUCUUCCUCUGCAGACAGAGUUCAUGCUACAAAUGGCUGCUGU